AUGGCACCGGCACGGACAGAAGACAUUCCGCCAGCAAACGAGAACAUGUCAGAUGCAUCAAACUUGAAGAAGGUACUUCACGAGCUUAAUGAGCUAGAAAGUCAUGUACAACGGGUGCUGGCGACUAUCCAAUACCCUGAAAUAGCUUCGUUGCUAGGAAAUCAGCUCCACGACCCUGAUCAACUACCCAACCAGGGGUUGGAGCAACUGGCACAGAGGGUGGUAGAUGCAAUGGACCAUGUGCAACUGCAACUUGUUCCGUCGGUGUCACUACUCACAGAUGGCUUUUUCGGAUAUCUCAAUAGUAAAGUCCUUUGGACCGUGGUAGACGCCCGUGUCGCCGAUCAUCUAGCUAAGAAUGGGCCCCAGUCGGUGAGCACGCUGGGCUUGCGCUGUGGAAUUCAGCCAGAGCGUCUCUCGCAGCUUCUUGACACACUGGUUAACAAUGGCAUAUUUGCUUAUGAUGAAAACCAGCACACAUACACGAACAAUCGCGUGUCUGAUUUGCUCCGCCAUGAGCAUUGGACUCAGUGGCACUUGUGGGCCGACCUCUAUCCGAACGAGUUCUUUAACGUGAGCCGGUCGAUGCCGGACGCCGUGAAGCUGGGAGAAAGUCGGACGGCUGCGCAAAUCGAAUACGGCACAGACUUGAACCUGUUUGAGUAUUUCUCACAACAAGGUAAAAUUAGUCAGUUCCAGAAAACCCUCGGUGCAGGGGCAGUUGCGCAGGCCAAGGGCUUGGUAGCCGACUAUCCCUGGGCGGAUAUUGGAUCCGAGCAGCCCAUUCUCGAUCUCGGGGGUGGCUCAGGGUCAUUCCUUGCGUCGAUCCUCCGCGAACAUCCCAACUUAGUUGGGGGGAUCAUGGAUUUAGAGUCUGUCAUCGAUUUGGUUACCCCCGAGUUUCGGGAGGAUACUGGGAAGUUUGCCGAUAUCGGCCCACGGGUCCAGCAGCUGGUAGUUGGAGACUUCCUAAAACAUAUCCCUGCAUCAGCUGUGUAUACCAUGAAAUGGUGCUUGCAUGACUGGGUGGACGAUGACGUGGUUACCAUACUGAAGAAUGUGCGGCGCAGCAUUGUGGCGUCGCCAGUGAGCCGCUUCGUUGUCUUCGAGUCCAUCAAGACACCUGGCCGUUCAGGGAGAUUACCCCGUUAUGGUGAUCUGGUCAUGAUGAUUACUUGUAAUGGCAAGGAACGGUCAAUGGAAGAUUGGGACCGUUUGGGGAAGCUAGGAGGUUGGCGCGUCGAGAAGGUCCACCAACUCCGCCAGGCAUGGCCGUGCGCUAUUGACUUUCGACCUGUCUGA